AUGGAGUCAGAGGUGAAAGAGAAGGGAAAAGACAAAAGGCGGGGAGAAGGGGGGAAGGGGUUUAAGGUUUCUGAUGAAGGCAAACUCUCUGAAAACAACCAGAACAAAAUACAAAUUGACAAAUUCACAAAGAAAUCCAUUUCCUUUGAUGGUGAGGGAUCUGAAAAUCCAGACAAGGAAUGCAGAUAUUUGGUUCCUGAGAAAGGAUCGUCCUCUGCCAAAAGGAAAGCUGUUUUUCAUCACGAACCUCCCACAAAAUGGUCUAGGGUUUCAGGUGAAGGCAGUGUCUCCAGACAUAACCUGGAUGAGACAUCCAGAGUCUCAAAGAGGUCACUCUCACCAGAUGGUGAGGGAUCUGGAAGUCCAGCAAAGAGAAUCAGGCUGUCUGAUUCUGAGAGUCCCUCGCCUUCAGCCAAAGAUCAGUUUGAGGCAAAAUACGAGCAAAAAGAUCAGCUCGGAAAGGGAGGCUGUGGAUCCGUUUAUGGUGGCUACCGCAGGGCAGACAAUUUACCUGUGGCAAUCAAACAUAUACCAAAGAAGAAUGUAGUCUGGACAGAUACGGACGAGAACGGCCAGCAGCUCAGCAUUGAGGUAGCCGCCAUGCUAAAACUCCAGACAGAAUCAGCUGAUUCGGUGGGGAAGUCCGCUCCAAUUUCCCUCCUGGACUGGUACGAUUUCAACCAGGAACAGAUUCUAGUGUUGGAGAGACCAGUGCCUGCAGUGGACCUCUCACAGUUUAUUCAAAAUAACAAAGAGCCCCUACAGGAGAAUCAGGCUAAAACAAUUAUUAAACAGCUGGAGGACACCAACAUCUUCCACAGAGACAUCAAACCACGAAAUAUUCUGAUUGAAACAGGAUCGGAAAUCCCGCAACUGCGACUGAUUGACUUUGGAGUGAGUUGUUUCACCAACACAGAAUAUGAAAACGGCCGGUUCUACGGCACAGCGAAACACGACCCACCUGAGUUUAUUUCAGAACGCAUUUAUAAGGCAGGACCAGCAACCGUGUGGCAGGUGGGAGUUGUUCUCUAUGAAAUGCUCCACGAAAAAUAUCAUCAA